GCGGAAGCGGAAGCGGAAGCGGCAGAGCCGGAGAGCAAUGGCGGCCGAAGGCGAUGUGGAGCUGGAGCUGGAAGCGGAGCCCAAUGGCUCUGCGGGCGGCGGGGACGGGGCCGGGGGCCGGGCGGCCGAGAAGCCCCGCAAGCACGACAGCGGCGCCGCCGACCUGGAGCGCGUCACCGACUACGCCGAGGAGAAGGAGAUCCAGAGCUCCAACCUCGAGACGGCCAUGUCCGUGAUCGGAGACCGGCGCUCCCGGGAGCAGAAGGCCAAGCAGGAACGGGAAAAAGAACUGGCUAAAGUUACGAUCAAGAAGGAGGAUUUGGAGUUGAUUAUGAACGAGAUGGAGAUCUCCAGGGCGGCAGCAGAGCGCAGUUUGCGGGAACACAUGGGGAACGUGGUGGAGGCCCUGAUCACUCUCACCAACUGAGAGUUCAUACUUGGAUGUACUUCUGUGAAGGAAGGGAGCAAUUCCAUGGGCUGCUUUGCUUUCACAAAGCAUGGCACGCUUCAUGCUCAGACACUGCAAUAAAGAUGCUGUUCUUUAA